CUCCAGCUGCCCCCCCAAAGCAGGUCCCUCAUACGGAUUCUCCAUUAGCAGCUUUGUCAGUUUCUUCAGUUUAGGACGCCGCUUCCUCAGUUCCCAGUAGCUGUUACAAAAUCCCCAGAUCUACAACAGAGCAAUGGGCAACCUUCGCCCGCUCCUGGUUCAUAAUCGAUGCCAAGAUGCAGCCUCCUGGCAAGAUCGCCACCAUGUGUUCAGUUCGAUUACAGGGGAAACACAAACCGAUCUACCAUGCACUCAGUGACUGUGGAGACCAUGUAAUAGUAAUAAACACCAAACACAUAGCGUUCUCUGGAAACAAAUGGGAGCAGAAAGUCUACUCGUCACACACAGGGUAUCCAGGUGGAUUCAAACAACUCACAGCUGCCCAGUUGCAUCAAAAAGACCCACAAGCUAUUGUGAAGUUGGCUGUUUACGGCAUGCUGCCUAAGAAUCUACAGCGUCGCACCAUGAUGCAGCGACUACACAUCUUUCCUGAGGAUGAGCUGCCAGAGGACAUCCGAGCCAACCUGACGGAGGAGCUGCCUCAGCCCAGAAAGAUCCCCAAGAAACUCAACGAGUACACGGAGGAGGAGAUCGGCGCCUUCCCCAGGCUGUGGACACCACCUCAAGACUACAAGAUGAAAUGAAAUCAAAGCCGCCCGAGCAGACUUGAAGAUCUUCACAUUAACGUCUCACUGGACACUACCAGUUUCCUCACAUUUAUUUAGUAAGGGUAAAUGACCGAACCAGGAUUCUGAUAGUUAGAUCCAAACACACAAACACACUGAUUUCCUCUGUUCAGGUGAAUCAUUUCACCAGCAGCCGUUCUGGCUUCUUCUUUAAAGAGCAACUGGACUUUACUAAAUCGUAACAUCAACACAAACAUUUGUCACUUUUCUUGGUCUUCAGGCCUGAAUAAUCAGCCUGAGAUUUCCCCGGUCGGCUCUGAUCAGAGAAAGUCCGAUUCUGUGGGUUUUUCUGUGAUUAUAGAACCAUGAAAUGGAUCCGAUCCUGCUUUUCGAAGGGUUGUGGCUUUACAAGCAAACCCAAUUAAUGUGUUACCAUGACAACAUUCAGUCCUCUUUUUCGUUUUCCUCACUGUGGUAAAGAUUUCCAUGCUGUUGUCGCAUAAAUAUUGGUUCUUCUUAUUUGCAUUGUAAAAUAGGCUAAUAAACAAUUUAAUUAAAACACUCUUGUAAUGUUUUUUAAACAAUCAACCUUAAACACAAAGUUGGAGUCUCAUUACAGAUUUAUUGGUUAUAAAAGCAAACAAAAUACAAAAUAAAUAAGGGGCAUGUUGGUGAGACACAUUCCUUAUUAAGACUGUGUCAGUUCCACAGUUUAAAUGUCCAAAUAGACCGGGGCCAGUUCACAGCUGAACUUUUGCUUCAGUGCUCGUUUUUCGCAGGCUGCGGUGCAGGAGGGACAGAGGUGACACUGAUGGUUGAGUCUUUUACUGGAUCCAGGUGAGAAAACAGUUUCCACAGUGAACAGGCCCAACUUUGCAUAAGAACAAUAAACAAAGCAACACAAGACACAAACGAUGCUGAUUUGUCCUUUUAAAUCCCAACGAGUCUGACGAUCAAAACCCAGAACAGACAUAGUAACAGAUAUGGCUGCACAAAAUGUAACGGGGGGGCAGAUUUUCUCUGAAUGAAAAUAAUUUAAAAGAGAUUUGUUUUCCACAGUGUUAAGGUAAAUUAACAGAAAUAUGAUGCUCUGCCUUUCAUUUUAGUGGAUUCAUUCCCAUAGUAUUUCAGCCCAAAUAAGCAAAACUCAACACAAUACUGUAAUGGAGAAAUCACUUAAAAAACCCAUUUCAAUAUUCCUUUAACACAUUGAAAUAAGCGAUUGAAACAUAAUUCAUCGUUUUAUAAAAAGCAGCCUGUACAAAUGUCGCCAGCCCAACAUCCUCAAAGGUGUGGGUUGUAAAAUAAUAUUUCUAGUUGCAUGAAACCGAAACGAGAUGCACAUGUCCAGUUACACACUCACUGAUUGGCUCAAAGGAGACAUGCGGCUUCACACAACAUAAAAGACAAACCAUGAAGGGUUGAGUCCUGGAAUCAGAUGUAAGAUGGCAGGAAUCAGGUCUUACCUUUGCAUUACCACUGGAUGAUGCUAACAUAGAUCAGGCACUUUUCAGACCCCGUGUUUUUACAGAUAUCGUACAAGAGUCCACAGAGCUAUUUACACUGUCUCGCCUGCUGGAGAACCACACAGGGAGGGGGGGGGGGGCUUCUAACCCCAGGUUCAGAAGGGGGUCAGAUGUGCAUGUGUGCAGAUCCCAUAUCAUCUUCCAAAACUGAGAAGAAAAGGCUUCGAAAGGUUGAAACUCAGGGUUUGCAUCAAGGAUCCUUUUUUUUUUUUCCAGAUUAGAGGUGCAGGACAACAGGGCCAAAUAUCAUCAGUUUCACUAUCUUGUAAAGGUGUGGGAUACAUUUUUGGAACAAAAUAAGUUAACAGACCGCUAUAAGAGUGCGAGUGUACAUUCGUUUCAAAAUAAAGAUUUGCCCUUUUC